UUUGCUUGCAAAUAUGGAAGCUAAGACCGUGAAAAGUUGUACGAUGCGGGAUACUGCGAUAGAGAUCGAUGAAGAGACUUCAACGAGUGAGGAAGCAGAAGUUAUCGAAUUAUCAAAAGAUGAGCAGAUUAUUAUUGAGAGAAUAUGUAAGAAUUUAUCAGAUCUUAUGAAUAUUCAGAAGUCAUUUUGUGGUCAGCUGCAGUACUCAGCAUUUUACGGAAUUGACUUGGAACUAAAGAAUAUUGAACCACUGAAACCAUAUAGUUACCUUCAAAAAAUUGAUGUUUCCAAUAAUCACAUAUCAGAUUUGUCUCCACUCAUAAAUUUAGAACAUCUCAUUAUACUAAAUGUAUCGAAUAAUCUGAUUUAUGAACUUUCAAGCUCCUAUCUUCCAAACACUCUGAAGCAUGCUGAUUUUUCUAGAAAUCUGAUUGAAGAAAUCUGUGACUUCCAGUACCAUCCCAAGUUGACAUCUCUGUAUCUUGAUUAUAACAAAAUAAGACGCAUCAAAGGUUUGCAUCAAUGUGAACGUCUCCAUUCAUUAAGUCUUGCUUACAAUAUGAUUUCACGAAUUGAGAACCUUGAGUGUUUGCCUUUGCAGUAUUUAAAUCUGAACUUGGAAACUCUUGUCAAUUUAAGGGAAGUGAAUCUCUCGAGCAACAAUAUAUCCAGUUUGAAUGGUCUGCAAGGACACCAUGUUCUCGAAGUUAUAAAUGUUAAUAAUAACAAGAUAAAAUCCAUUGAUGAAAUCUUACAUAUAAAUGGCCUUCUGUUGCUUCGCAUUUUUACCAUUCUUAAAAAUCCAAUUGAAGACUUUCCUAACUUCAGUAAAAUCAUCUUAUUUCAUAUCCAACGACUUCUGGAACUGAAUGGUUCUCCAGUUUCUAUCCACGAUAAAGUGGAAGCAAUCAAUAUGUUUUCUCCUUCUCUUGAAGUUGUUACGAGCAAUUCUCAUAUGAUACAAACUAUGUAUUCGUUUCUGGCUUCAAAUAAAAUCCGCAACAUAACACUUGCCAAUAUCAAAGAACAGUACCCUAUAAUAGCAUUGGUAGGGCCUGAAGGAAGUGGCAAUAGAUUGCUUGCUAUGAGACUAGCAGAUGAUUUUCCAAAACACUUAGGAUUUGGAAUUACAGAAACAACUAGAAUCAUAUAUCCCGGAGAAGUAGAAAACAUGGAUUUCAACUUCAUUACUGUCAAUGCUUAUCAGAAGAGUGUUGAAAAUGGUGAAUAUCUGGUAACAAAUAAAUAUGCUGAUGAUUAUUUUGGAAUGAAAAAAAACACAUUGGAAAACCUUGCAGAAGAAAGAAAAGCAUGUAUCACUCAUAUGCAGUUAGAGGCAAUGGUAAGCCUCCAAAAUACUGUCCUAAUGCCUCAGUUUAUCCUAACUUUGCAAACAUCAGAAACAGCUCAGAAUGAAUACAUGCGAGCUUUAGGUGUCUAUUCUGAAACUGAUAUAAAAAGAGCUCUGCAAAGCCGAGAAGAUCUAAUUGAAUACAACCAAAAUCACGCUGGAUCUUUUUGUCAUUUUAUUUCAACAGACUCUUUAGAAAUUGCCUACAAAACACUGCAAGAUUAUAUUAAGCAAUGGAUAUCAUCACCCAGAAAUAUUUAUGAUGAAACACGAACAACUCCAUUAUGUCAUGCAAUCAGCUCUUCAGAAAAUUUGUUUGUUGCUCAACAGAGAGGUCCCGUGGAAGAGGAAUCGGUGAAAAGACGUCGGCUUGCUGGCAAACAAAUAGUGAGAGCAAUUGUACCAACAUUCUUUGAACAAAUUGAACGGUCGUCUAGCAUGGAUAUAGAUGAAGAAGUGAGAUCUCGAAGAAAUUCCAGAACAGGAACACUGAAAGACUUCAAAGCAUUACAAGUUAUUCAGGGAGAUUCAAGAGGACUACUAACAGAUCUCGAGGAAGUUCCAAGUGAAAUCGUGAGAAGAGCAUCAAUAGAAUUUGAAGAAUUAGAGAAAUUCCACAGAGGUUCCAGGAGAGGAACAGCAUUAAAUCUAGAAAAAAUAGUGGACAUUCAUGGUGAUUCCAAGAGAUGUUCAGGCUUUUUAGUAAAUAGUGUAGAGACAAAUGGAACACUGAAAAACCUGACAUCUAGGCCUGACAUAUAUAUUAAUGACAUAAAUGUUAAUUAUGAUAAAUUAACUCAAUCAGUUGAUAAAUAUGACAACAAAACCAAAUAUUCUGAUACUUAUCUUGAAGAAGUGGCAAAAGCUAAAUCAUUUAGUGAAAGUAAUGUAACAGGUCGACUGGGUUCAUCCAAGCUUUCAGUUGUGCCCCCAAUACAGACUUCUACGACUUGAUGUAAUUGUUAUUAAGAAAGGAUAAUUACUCAGAAAAAAAAUCUAUGUUACAAAUUUUGACAUUUUUUCAUUGUAAAUAGCAUUGGCAAUAAAAGGGACUUAAAAUGUG